CGGGCUUCGGAGCGCCGGGAGGGCCGGGUCCGCGGCCGGUCGGUGCGCGGCGGGCGGGCGGCGGGCGCCGGUCUAUAUGGCGGCGGCUCUGUCGGGCCUGGCUGUCCGGCUGUCGCGCUCGGCCGCCGCCCGCUCCUAUGGGGUCUUCUGCAAGGGGCUGACCCGCACGCUGCUCAUCUUUUUCGACCUGGCCUGGCGCUUGCGCAUCAACUUCCCCUACCUCUACAUCGUGGCUUCCAUGAUGCUCAACGUCCGCCUGCAGGUUCAUAUUGAGAUCCAUUGAAGGCCUUCCGUGGACUGACAGACGUGUCCUGGGGCUCAGGGUGUCAGAGAACACACAGCAUGAGGGACGGAAAGGGGACUCUCAGCACCUGCCUCGCAGAAGAGAAGGGAGCAGGCGAUGACUCGGACAAACUACUGUACAGAGAACUGUUGUAUAAGAGAAUGCAGGAGGAGAGCGCUUGCCCUUCAGAUAUAACUUCCAGGAUGAAUAAGCCUGCGGUUGAUGUAAAUGGAAAUUCACAAAAUGAGGAGUUAUCACUGGAAAUGAAAAAUGAUCUGAGUGAGGUCAGCCUCUUGCUUCACGAUGGCAACAGAGUGCUUCCAUAUCUGCAAGAACCAAUACGAAGAAAUUCAGCUUCAGCAGCUGCUCAGAGCAAGGCUGUGGAUCUGUUCUUUGCUCCCCCAGAAGAGCGUUUCGCUGGGGCAUCCUGUGGUGUCGGGGGAGCUCAGGGGAGGGACUGGCUGGGAGGAGGGCCCAGGGCCACUGACAGCCACGGAGGACGGAGCCACAGGGGAAAGCCUUGGGGGUCAGGACUACCGUGCCGUCAAAAAUGGUUGGAAAUGGGGAUUUCUGAGGAUGAACCACCACGUGCUUUUCUGGAGAAGCUGGACUCUGCGUCGGAACCCUCUUGCCUGCGUUCCGUCCUGUCUGCACUGCUGCACGCACAUCCCCACGUAUUCGUGAAAGAUGAGACAAAAUGUGUUUUCCCUGGCCGUUCAAAGCCCAUGUUUUCAGGGCAAAGAGUAGAAUACAAGAAAAUGCUUUCACGUGUAAAAAGUACCUCAGAUGAUCUGCAGGAAACACUGGCGUCACUGGCUCUACAAGCUUCUGAAUUAGCAAAUCUCUUAUGCCAUAGUUAAGGUACAGGCAGAACAAUAAAAAUAGAUUAAUUUAAAAA